AUGCUCACUCGGAUUUUCCCGAAUCAGAAGCAAGCAGUGUUGGAAUUAGUGUUGGAAGGAUGUAAUGGAGACUUGGUUAAAGCAAUAGACCACUUUCUAUCGGCCAAUGAUGCAUUGUUACUGCACCAACGUGUCAGCAGUGCCGCAAUGUCUUAUCCUACAUAUUCUCCAUACACUUCUACACCCAUGGCUACCGUGCCUGACCAGUUUCUAAAGCCAAGACCUGAACCUACAUUGAGAGUCUCCUUAGGCUCCAUUAAGUCAGCUUUCAAACCCCUCUCUCCUCCUGCAGCCCACCAGAGUGUGCAUUUUGCUUCCACACUCCCACAACGUACCCCAGUGUUCACAAAUGGUGUCGCGGUCACUAUAUCUCGACCCUCGAUGUUAAUGACGUCAUUGCAAAGAUUUCCGAACGCGACUUGUCCAUUUCCAUCUCUUACCACCUAUCCCCUACCUUCCACUUACCCCCUUUUAUUCCACUCCUACCAACCGUGCCUCCCUGGAUGUUCACAGUGUCCUCCUCGCACAGUGAGCACCCCCACAGACGAGUACUGUGACCCCACAAGUCCCGAGAGUCACACAGAACAUAGGGAAAGCAGAUUCCAAGAAGCUGUUGACCUUUCAGACAAUGUUUCAUGGCAGGAAAGUCCAGUAGACAAAUAG